AGGCACUUACAUGGGCAGCUCCUCCUAAAGGAAGGGGUCCUCUUUGAAAUUCAGUUUCCCUGGCAACUCUUGACAGCACCGCCGUCUUCCAGACAUGUGUUUGGCCUGCACCUGAUUGGUCGAUGUCUCGUCCAACUCCAUGUCCCGUUUAUACCUUAAGAGGGGCCGGCGCUCCUCUUAACACCCUCCACUUCAGCUGCUCUAGAGGCGACACCCCCCUUCUGUUUUCUGGGUCUGCAAAAGGCGCCGUCCACGUCUGGAACCUGAACAGCAGGAGGGCAGAGCGGGUUCUGGAGGGUCAUGGUGGUAAUUCAGUCAUCUGGGUCAGCACGCUGCAGACAGGAGAUACUCUCAUCAGUCAGGGACGUGACAUGCGGGUCUGCCUGUGGGAUCUGACAGAAGGCCGCAGCGAGGCACUGGACUCCGUGUGGACGGGCAGUGUUGGAUUCUGUCAGUGCUCCGUGCUGGAAAUGAGCCCAUCCAGCUACCUGCUGGCCUUUGCUGGCCUGCAGACCGAAGAGACAAAGAUCAUCGAGAUGCCCAGUAAGAACCCGGUCUGCACGCUGACACCAGACACGAAGCUGGGAAUGGUCAUGUGCCUACAACUGUGGAAGCCCGACUCGGGUCUCGGACCGCUCCUGUUCGCUGGAUACGAGGACGGUUCCCUGUUGCUGUGGGACGUAACCCAGAGGUCUGAGCUGAGCCGUGUCAAAGCCCACCCCGAGCCCGUCAUGUGCCUGACCUUUGACCCCGGCCGUCUGAGGGGCGUAUCGGGCUCCUGCGAGAAGCAGCUCUCUUCGUGGAUGCUGGACGACCAGAACCACAUACAGCUCCAGGACUACGUGACGCUGGUCAAUCCCGGCGUUUCUCAGCUCCGCAUCAGGGGCGAUGGGCGGCUUCUGGCAUCUGCAGGCUGGGACCACCGAGUGCGUGUGUUCGGCUGGAAGAAGCUGCGGCCGCUCGCGGUCCUUCAGUACCACACAGACAUGGUGCUCAGCGUGGCCUUCUCUGAUCACCAGGACCCCAGGCAAAGACUGCUGGCUGCUGGGUCCAAGGACCAGCGCGUCAGCCUGUGGUCCAUUUACAACCAGAGUGCCAACACAUGCUGACUUUCUGAGCUGUGCGGGUUUCAGUCUGCAGUCUGAAAUCAAAAUAUCCUCUGCUCUGUUUUAUAGUGACCCAGUUUGACUCUUGGGGUGGACCGGUGUCAGAUUCUCUCAGCUUGAGAACUCAGAGGAACACAAAAACAGAACAUAGUUUGUUCUUCUGUUUUAAAAUGAGAAAAGCAACAAUUAUUCCUACUUCUGCUCAAAUAUAUUGUUUAAAAAAAGCUACAAAAAGAGUUAUGUUCAUAGCCUUAACUGGAUAUUUUGAGUUAAUCCCUUCUAAAUUUAGUUAUUGAUAUUACUGGGUUAAUUAGUAGGGCUAUCUGCUGUCGUUCAUUCCAAAUCUUAAAGUUGCUUCUUCCUGUUUCCUGCUAUCUCAUUAAAAGGUGUUUAAAUUACAGCUGCACCUAUUUGUGGUCCAUGAGAGUGGAGUUGUAUAAUUCAGUAAUUACUUGUUCAAAUACUGUUAAAUUUUUUGUGCAUUUUUUCUGUUGAGUAAACACAUUAAUAGUAUAAGUGACAAUCAAUUUUUUGAUCCAUAGAUUCAAUUUUGAGAAGAAAGAUCAUAAUUUAAUGCAUGAAUAUCAUAAUCUCUAUUAAUUGUUUCAUGUACUUUUCUUUAUUAAAACACCUGCAAUUUUUUUUAUCUUUUCUGCAUUACAGGAAGCAUUGAAAUUGAUAGAAAUUCAAAUUGAACAGUCAGAUCCCUAACAAUACCAGAUACUGGUCUUGGUCUAGAAAAGACUAAUUGUUGUAUCCCAUUAACUCUUUUUAACUUGUUAAAACUUUUACACUUUGAUACCAGUGACCGGCCCAUGCCCGCUUACACGACACAGAGCUACGUUUAAAAGUUUACAUUAGCAUUUUUUUACAUUAGAAUUAUAAAUGCUAUGUUUCUAUGUUUCUAUGUUAAUCUUUACUAUGAUUUUGUAAAGGGAAAAAGCGUGCUUUUCCAAUUUUCCAUACAAGAUGAAAAAAAGUAUGUCAGUCUAAAAUGACAAAAUGAUCAAACAAGAAAUAAAGAACAGUUUGUAACGCUGGUGUAAUAUUUACACCAAAGUGCAGAUUAAAGAACUCCUAAAACCAA